AUGGUGAAGAGAAAAGCAAACCAACUUGAGACCGCUUUGGAUGUGACGCAUCUGAGAAGGUCGACGCGUCGAAAACCACUAGCGCCAGAAUCAACUAUCGAGACCAGUAACGUUAGCAAGACCAACAAGGUCAACAAGGUCAAAUCAGAAGACAAAAGUGCGCCUCAAUCUUCCAAGUCAGGAAAAGAGAGCGCACCUAAGAAGUUAGAAUCAGAAACGUCUCCGGAACCCUUGAAGGCAAAGGUAAAGACAAAAAAUGUCACACAGUCAAGCUCUGUCUCGAAACCGGAGACAGACAAAACACCAGAUUCUUCGGAAAAGUCAUAUUGGCUCAUGAAAGCUGAGCCUGAGUCACGGAUUGAGAGGGACGUCGAUGUAAAAUUCUCCAUCGACGACCUCAAGUCACGAACGGAGCCCGAGCCUUGGGAUGGUAUCCGUAAUUAUGUCGCUCGCAAUAACCUUAGGGAUAUGAAGAAGGGCGAUAUAGCUUUCUUCUACCAUUCAAAUUGCAAGGAGCCGGGUAUCGUAGGUACCAUGGAAAUCGUGCAAGAACAUUCCCCUGACUUGUCGGCACAUGAUCCUAAGGCGCCUUACUACGACGCCAGCUCGAAACCUGACAACCCGAAAUGGAGUGUCGUACAUGUCGUGUUUCGCAGCAAGUUCAAGCAGCAGAUUGGGCUGAAGGAGCUUCGCGAUAUGGGCCAACCGGGACGACCGCUCGAGAAUAUGCAGAUGCUCAAACAAACUCGGCUAAGUGUGAGUCGCGUGAGUCCUACUGAAUUUGAGUAUUUGAUGGACGAAAUAAAGCAACGAGGCGGCGAGAUAGCGUAG